AUGGCGCAGAAGCGACCAUUCAACCACGGCGGAAAGCAUUUCAAGAAGAGCAAGAAGCAGAAAAAGUCGAGCGGUGCAGGAGAUGGGUCAAAUGAGGAAGUGCUUCUUCUCGAUGUUCAAAGAGUACUACGGGAUGUGAAAAUACGAGACUCAGCACCUCCCGCUCCUGAGCCGUUUGCCGAAGUGGACCUCACCAUCUCCGAGCUCUCUUCAACCGGCGACGGACUCGCGAUCGAAGACGGCCAAGUAUACGUUGUUCCCUUCACUGCGCCGGGAGACACAGUGCUCGCAAAAGUCUACAAAGCAUACCAAGAAGACUCUUAUUCCCUCACCGACCUGGUGAAAAUUACCUCCGCAUCGCAACACCGCACGGAGACCCCCAAAUGCCCGUACUUCUCCCGCUGCUCGGGCUGCCAAUUCCAACAUCUCCCAUACGCCUACCAGCUUGCUCAUAAGCGCAGAGUGGUCGAGAAGGCGUAUGAGAAUUUCUCCAAUCUGCCAGCGUCAGCUGUCCCUGAGGUCGGCGACACGAUCGCCUCUCCGCUGCAAUACGGCUAUCGGACCAAGCUCACGCCUCAUUUCGAUGGUCCGCCGAGUGGGAGGCGAGAUCGUAGAAGUGGGCAGAAGGUCACAUGGCCGGAAGUGCCGCCCAUCGGGUACAUGCAAAAAGGCACGAGGAAGACGCUGGAUAUUGAAGAUUGUCCGAUUGGGACGGAUGCGGUGCGUGAGGGUUUGAAGAAAGAGAGAGUACGAGUGGCGGAACACAUUGAUGAAUAUCAGCGCGGAGCUACUUUGUUGUUACGAGAAAGUACGACGCGCGAGACAAAGACGGACGAGGAAAAGUCAUACGUUGAUGAGAAGACUUGCAUCACGGAUCACAACGCAACAUCGACAGAAUACGUGGACGACUUUCGCUUCGACAACCCGGCGGGCUCGUUCUUCCAAAACAACAACUCCAUUUUACCCGUCGUUACACAAUAUGUGCGCGACAACAUACUGGGUCCGACAUCGAACGAUCAACCGCCAAUCACCAACCUGAUUGACGCCUACUGCGGCUCAGGCUUCUUCACUGUCACACUGUCAUCUCUGUUUAAUAAAUGCAUCGGCAUCGACAUCAGCCCGCAAUCCAUCACUUACGCCUCUGCCAACGCCAAACUCAACAAUCUCGCCCCAGAUUCAACGCAAUUCAUUGCGGCAGACGCAAACCAGCUCUUUGACUCGCUAGACAAGACGCGCUUCAUACCCGCGCAAACCGCAGUCGUCCUGGACCCGUCGCGAAAAGGAUGCGACGACAACUUCCUCCGCCAGCUCAUGGACUUUGGGGCAGAGAGGCUGUGCUACGUCAGUUGCAACGUGCACACCCAAGCGCGAGACAUUGGGAAGCUGGUGGGAGGUGGGGAGGAUGAGGAGGGUUUGCCGAGGAAGGGCAUGUACGAGAUUGAGAGCGUGAGAGGCUUUGACUUCUUCCCGCAGACCAGUCAUGUGGAGAGUGUUGCGAUACUGAAGAAGCGAUGA